UGUUUUGAUUUUACUUUCUGGUAAUCUUUCAUAAAAAGUGUUUUUCGCUGAAUCUAAACUAUCUUAAGAACUUAUAAUGGCAUAUGUACCAAUGUGUAAAGUGUCUGCAUUGUCAGAGUUUCUAUCUGUACAAACCCACUGAGUUUCUAGGAGUCGAAGGUACUGCAAACAGGAACUAUGGAUAAGGGUCCAUCUGGGUCCAAGGAAAACCUGAAUAUAUUCGGUAACUCCUGUUGGGACCUCUCACAAAGUGCCCUGAACAAGAUCCUGACGGGUAAUAAAGCCCUGGACCAUUAUUUCGGAGGUGGUAUAUCCUUGGGUCACAUUGUAGAACUAAUUGGGAAUUCGGGCACUGGGAAAACCCAAAUGUGUUUACAACUAUGCCUGAAUGUACAAAUACCCAAGGCAGCUGGAGGAUUGGGAGGAAGUGCCUUGUUCAUAGACACCCGACAGGAUUUCCAUCCCGACAGAUUGCUGGGUCUAGCUCAGGAACUGGAGAAGCAGUAUGAACACAAAGUACCAGACUUUAAGGCCCUAAAAAUGCUGCAGAAAAUCCAUUAUAUAAGGUGUCCCAAUAUGGUUCAGCUACUGGCCACCGUUUUCAGUUGUCACAGGCAUGUGGCAGAUCAUCCAGAUAUCAAAGUGAUUGUGAUCGACUCCCUGGCGUUUGCCCUGCGGAUGAUGGAGGAUGGCGCCCGGCGUUACGGGCUGCUCCUGGAAAUCCACGAAAGCAUGAGGAGGCUGCAACGUCAACACGAAUUGGCCUGGGUCGUCACCAAUGUGCUCACGCAUCGCUGCUUCAGGAAGCGGUUCCGUGUGGUGCCCGCCCUGGGGGACAUGCAUUCGCACCUGAUCAACGAGCGCAUCUGGUUUUCGGGCGGCUCUCAGCUUCACCUGGGCAAGACGUGGAGAACCAGUAGAUUAAUUAAGGAAUCCAAUUGAGGCGGAUUUGGUUUGAUAUGUGGCUAGGACCACUUUUACUUUUGCUCGGUUUUAAACAUUAGUUGGAAAUACUUAAUGGCUGUUUACCUUAAUUUUUUGUAGGUCUUAAGAUUAAUAUUGCUUAAUAUAACAUAUAUUUUUUUAAUCGUUGAAUACCUCAUCCAAGUUGGAAUUAAAAUUGUUAUUUUUAAAAUACCUUCCUCA